CAUGACAGGCACUUCCUGCAGUCGCCGACCCAGCAUACCCCCCGUGCUAGGCUUUUUUUCUAACGCGACUGCCUACGGGUAGGGCUGGGGCUGUCAGACAGAGAGUAUAUAACCCGUGCGGGAGGUCUUGGCUUGAGCUUGUUUUUGUCAAUGUUUAUUUCUUUCGUUAGUAUAUAUUUGUCUGGCCGAGACGAAGUGCUUCUACCGGUCUACCUAUCUACCUAUUUACCUUCAAACAUAAUUACAUCUACAAUUACAUCAACAACACAGCCGAAUCUCCAUCUUUUUGAUCCUACUCAACCACAACCACAACCACCCUCCCAAUUACACACCCUCACCAACCAAACAAAACCACCAAAAUGAGCAUCGGCAAACUCAUCGGCAAAAUCAUCAUCGUCCCUAUCCUCUUCAUCAUCUUCGUCUGCGUCUGCAUCUUCCUCGUCAUCCGCCACUACCACCAAAAACGUCGCGAUAAGCGCGAAGACAAGGCUCGCGCCCAAUACUACCGUCAACAGUAUCAGCAGCAGCAGUUUAUGUAUCCACCACAGCAGGGUGGAGCACAGUGGGUGACGACAACGACGUCCUCGGGGGCUGGGGCGCCGCCGUAUUAUUAUUUUCCAGGGCGGGAGUAUACUACACAGGGGCAGGGUAAUGGGGGUGGGGUGGAGUAUACGGAGGCGAUGAUGAAGAAGCCGGAACCGGUGUUUUAUCAGGUUCAGGGACAGGGGCAGGGACAGGGGAUGCAGCAUCCGGGGGAGAUGGUGUAGGGUUCAGAGUGGGUUUGUUUGGGUAUAGCUUGAUGAGUGUAGUAUAGGAGUUAUUGUGUUUGAUUGUUGGGUCUGUUCUUGGAUUGAUGCCUUUUGUUGGGGUUGGAUGGGUUAUGGGCUUAUUGUCUUGAUAAUGGGUUCAUGGCGGACUGGGUAUAUGUUUAUGGGUUAUGAUUUUGGAUGAGAAUAUGAUUUUUUAUCUUCUGCGAACGUUUCAAGGAAAGUCCAUGCAGAUGAAUGUAG